GCACACUGUGUUUAUAAGCCAACCCCUUCUUCCAAAACCAUAAAAAUAAAAACACACUGCUAGCUGCUAGUGCUAGUGCUAGCAUAUCAAGUUCUGUGCUUUUCUACUUCCCAAUUCUUUGGUAGCAGCAGCAAUGGCCAAAGAGAGAGAGAAGAAGUUCUACGUUGCUUUAAUGGGUAACUACGCUGCAGAACUUAAGCUUCUUCUCACAACUCUCUUAUUCCUCUGUGGUGUAGCUACCAUUCUUCAGUUCAUCCCUUCUCGUUUCACUAUCUCUGCUUCUGAUCUCCGUCUUUGCAUUUCAAGGGUCACUCAAACCGCCGCCACCCCACCACCACCAUCCCCCACCACCACCACCACCACCGCCACCGCCACCAACUCAUCAUUAUCAUCCUCUGUUUCCCAGCUUUCACCACCGCCACCGUCGCCGCCGCCGCCUCCGCCUCCACCCUCCGCCGAGAAGGACCGAGUUCUGGAAAAUGGAAUCAUCAAGCGUGCUUUCAACCCUUAUGGUUCCGCUGCCUAUAACUUCGUCACCAUGAGUGCUUACAGAGGAGGCAUGAACACCUUCGCCAUUAAUGGCCUCGCUUCCAAGCCCCUUCAUGUCUACGGCAAACCAACCUACGAGUGCGAAUGGGUCACCUCCGGCAAACCCAUCACCACCGUCGGCUACAAGAUCCUCCCUGAUUGGGGCUACGGCCAUGUCUACACGGUGGUGGUUGUGAACUGCACUUUCUCGGAGCCUCUCAACGUUGAUAACUCCGGCGGGAAGCUAGUCCUCUACGCCUCCACCUCCGGCGGCGGCGACACCAGAUUCAAUGUCACUGACAGAAUGGAGGUUCUGACGGAGGCGCCGGGAACUCUUGACGCUUCGUUGUUCACUUCGAAGCCAAAGUAUGAGUAUUUGUAUUGUGGGUCAUCGCUUUAUGGGAACUUGAACCCUCAAAGGGUGAGGGAGUGGAUCGCUUACCACGUUAAGUUUUUUGGGCCAAGAUCGCAUUUUGUUAUACAUGAUGCUGGUGGGGUGCACGAGGGUGUGAUGGAGGUUUUGAGGCCAUGGAUGGAACUUGGAUAUGUGACUUUGCAUGAUAUUAGGGACCAAGAGAGGUUUGAUGGGUAUUAUCACAACCAGUUCAUGGUGGUUAAUGAUUGUUUGCAUAGGUACAAGUUCAUGGCCAAAUGGAUGUUCUUUUUUGAUGUGGAUGAGUAUAUCUAUGUUCCCCCUAAGAGCACUAUCAAGACCGUGCUUGAUUCCCUCUCUGAAUACUCUCAAUUCACCAUUGAACAGAUGCCAAUGAGUAGCAAGCUCUGCCUCUCCUAUGAUUAUGGAAAACUCUAUAGGAAAUGGGGCAUUGAGAAGAUGGUGUAUAAAGAUGUUAAGAAAGGGAUUAGGAGAGAUCGCAAAUAUGCUGUGCAACCGCGUAGCUUGUUUGCAACUGGGGUGCACAUGUCACAGAAUCUAGCAGGAAAGACAACUCACAAAACUGAAGGGAAGAUCAUGUACUACCAUUAUCAUGGAACCAUAGCAGAAAGGAGAGAAUCAUGUAAAAUGCUCAUAAAUUCAACAGAAAUCAACCAUGACAAAACCCCCUAUGCUUUGGACACAACCAUGAGGGACAUUGCAGGUGUUAUCAAGAAGUUUGAACUCAAGAUGAUUGGACAUAGGCUACAGAAGACACGGCAAUGACAGCCUCAAAUCUUUAAUUUUUUAUUUAAAAUAAACUAUAUAAUAAUUUAACUUUGUGGUAGAAUAGAAAUUCAUUGGGCAGCUUUUUUUUUUUUUUUUUUAUUUCGUAUAUUUAUAGAUGAGUAUAUGAUCGUGUUUCAUUUUUAAUAGUUCUUUUGUGUUCUAUAUUUUUAUUUUAUUCUUUUCUUUUUUGUAUUUUGUAUAAAAUGAUGAAUAAAGAUGAAUGGUUUAAUAAUGUUGUCGGUGUGGGCCAUUAGGGCAUCCCCACUUACAGUGAUACCAUAUGGUGGAUGGCUGGUAUGCUUCCGAUGCUUUGCUGGCGUGCAUGCAUCCUUUUAUUAUUAUCCUAUUUCAGAUCCUUAUUCUUUAAUCACUUGUUCAGAAAAGUU